CGUGUUGUUUGUAGAAUGAUGGUGAAAGUUUUAAAUCAUAGUGAUAUGUUUAGAUACUUUAAGAUAUUUUUGUUUGCACUUAUAGUGCUUAGUGUAACAGAUUCAGUGAGGGCAAGAAAAUUUUCGUCUUCUAGACACAGUUAUCCAAAAUCGGGUGGUCUUUCUGGCGGCGGAGGCCACCAUUAUCCUAGUUCUGGUGGACUCUCUGGAAACAGUCGCGGAUAUCCUUCAUCCGGAGGUAGCCAUGGGUACCCGUCCUCUGGCGGAAGUCAUGGAUAUCCUUCAUCUGGUGGUAGCCACGGGUACCCAUCGUCUGGUGGUAGCCACGGGUACCCAUCGUCUGGUGGGAGUCACGGUUAUCCCGCAUCAGGUGGUCUAUCAGGAUCUGGAAGCCACGGAUAUCCAGCAAACAAAGGGCUAUCAGGAUCCAAUACUGGCCAUACUACCAACGUACACUACCACUACAACUACAAUCCACCACAAAGGAUUUCGUACGCCCCAGCACAUGGUGGCCCUCCUGUGAGCUACCCUGUGUACCGUGGCGCACCGCCGACCUAUGUUUACCAAUAUAAGGAUUCCGGAAGCAAAUAUGGUACGUUGUUGGCUGGGUUGGCACUUCUUAACCUAGGAACCCUUGCAGGCGGACUAUAUGCAAACAGACAUUCCAAUUACAAACCACAGCCUGGCGAAAUUUGUAAAUUCGGAAUUAGAAAAGCCAACGGGGAUUACGAAGAGACGAAAAUCGACUGUAAAUUAAUAACAAGCUUUAUAUUUGAGGAAGAAGCUAAGAAACCAAGCGGUGUGCAGAAUUCCACUGUCACCACUACAACCGUGACCAAUACGACUGUUGUGAACACUACUAAUUUGGCAGAGGCUCCCCCUCAACCGCCCGUUGCCUUUCCACUUUACACAAUGUUGCCCAAUGGUACAUUGGUGCCGGUCAAUGGAACAAUGUUCAAUGUAACCUCGAUGAAUAAUAUAACGAAUGCAAACGACAGUGCGCCCGUGGGCAAUGCAAACGCAUCUACUGUGACGUCAGUGACGACGACGACAACAAACACAACGGUAACGAAUGCGCUGGACGUAAAGGGAAAGCCGGUCGACGUCACGCCAAACAUGAAGUGCUAUGUCAUCCGGAAUUCCCCAUCUUCGAACAUGCGCCGCAGCGUCCCUUGCGGCCUGUUGCAGACUUACGCUGACCAAUCAAUAAAGAAAAACUCUGCAUCAAAUCACCUACCGUCCGUGACAAUUCUAAGUGUAGUUUUUGCAAUUUGUGUCUUAUACUAGUUACUACCCUAGAUAUUAAGCUUCUCGCCUAUUUUAAUAUUUAAAUCUCGUUUGACCAGUUUCAACUUAACUUCACUAUCUGUUUAUUUUUAUAAUUAGUGCACGUAGAGUUAAUCUUUAUUUACUUGAUUUAAGUUUUAUAACCAGUUUAUCAUGAUUAUAGAGUCAUUUGUCAAGUUAGACAUUCUCAUUAGCUGAUUCACAAUCCUUCCGUAACCCUCCCACUACGUCUUCUCUCCACAUUUCUCCUGUCCUCCGUCUACCCCACUGCCUUCAAUGGAGCUCAAGAUUUAAAAAUAAAAUAAUAUUGUAAGCGGCAAUUAUAUAUUUAUAGUUAUCAAUUAGAAUAACCAAAAUCUAUGACAUUUUUGGAAGUGUUAUUGUAUUGUAUAUGAGAUAUUUAUAUAAAAGUAUUUUUUUAUUAUUAAACUUUGUUUCAGA